GAAUUCGGCGCUGAUAAGUCUUGCCGCGUCCGGGGGAGAGACUGGUGCGCGGCGCCGCGACAUACACACGCGCACACACGCACGUGCACGUACGCACGCACGCACGCACAUGCGUGAGGGGAGCGACGACGGUGCGUGGACAUGCGUGCGAUUUGCUGAUCGCGUUACUGCGGACGGCGCGGCGGCGCGCGGUACCUGAGGGCCCAGGCGAGUGCGCGAGGGCGAAUUUUCGUCGCGCCGGAGUUCCUACGCGCCAUGGUAAUUUACGGCAAUCACGGUGACAAUCGACGAGAUUGUGCGAAUUUCGAUUUCCGUGGUUCCGGAGAUCCCGAAAGAUCGCGGAAGUGCGCGCGGAAUCUCCUCGCGUGUUUCGGUCAAGUCGAGGCUCCUGUGCAGGAAUCGGAGAAAGAGAAAGAUACGGGUACUCUCCAGAAGCCGCCGUAAUUUCGACGAGUUUGCGUUCCGAGAACGGUGCGGACGGCGCGGUAAACAACGCCCUACGUUUAUCUAACAACGGGAACGCGACAGUGACGGUGACAGUUGACAGCUGACGUGAGGGAUUCGACUGGAGGAUGCUGCUGUCCGGAGCGUGGUUCGAGACCAUCGCCGCGGCGCUGCUCGCGAUCUUGGUGCUGGCUACCGGCUACCGACCACCUUGGUGGUUCUGGACCAGGAACUACAACACGAACGCCGAUGCAGAUGCAGGCGACAAUGGCAGAAAGUUCAAAACAGCACGCGACGUGCCGGGUCCGUUCGCCCUGCCGAUUUUGGGCACCAGAUGGAUAUACUCCCGCUUCGGCUACUACCGCUUGAAUAAGAUCCACGAGGCGUAUAAAGAUCUGAAUCGGCGAUACGGGCCGCUGUGCAAGGAGGAGGCACUGUGGAACUUCCUCGUGAUCUCCGUGUUCUCCCGUCGCGACAUCGAGGCUGUCCUCAAGCGUGGCUCGAGAUACCCGCUUCGUCCUCCGCAGGAGGUCAUAUCCCACUACCGGCGCUCCCGGCGUGAUCGUUACACCAACCUUGGUCUGGUCAAUGAACAAGGCGUGACAUGGCAGAAGCUACGGGCCGCCUUAACGCCGGAGCUGACCGGUGCCGGUACUGUAUUUGGCUUCUUCCCGGCGCUCAAUAUCGUCACCGACGGAUUCAUCGACUUAAUCCGUGAACGUAGAGCGAGCCGUUUCACCGUGAGAGGCUUCGAGGAACUCGCUUACAGAAUGGGACUCGAGAGUACGUGCACGCUGAUCCUGGGACGUCACCUAGGCUUCCUAAAGCCGGAUUCCAGCAGCACGCUCACAACGAGAUUAGCGGAAGCGGUCAGGAUUCACUUCACGGCCUCGCGCGACGCCUUUUACGGCCUGCCGCUUUGGAAGCUGCUACCGACAUCCGCGUACAAGCAGCUAAUAGAGAGCGAGGACGCUAUAUACAACAUUAUCUCGGAUCUCGUAGAGGCGACCAUGUUGGAGAAGCAGGACGACGCAAGAGACGAGUCCGUCGAGGCGGUGUUCCUCUCCAUUUUGCGACAGAAAGAUCUCGAUAUGAGAGAUAAGAAAGCUGCUAUAGUGGACUUUAUAGCAGCGGGAAUACACACACUAGGCAACACGCUGGUGUUCCUUUUCAACUUGAUUGGCCGUAACCCUGAAGUACAAGAAACUCUUUACAACGAGGCGCAGUCCCUGGCGCCUCCCGGUUGCGAUCUCACGGUGGACGAUUUGCGAAAGGCGAAGUACUUACGCGCAUGCAUCAACGAAUCCUUCAGAAUCGUACCUACGACACCUUGCAUAGCCCGUAUAUUAGACGAGCCUAUGGAGCUGGGAGGAUAUCGCCUUGAUCCCGGAACAGUGGUGUUAUUGCAUACAUGGAUAGCUGGAUUGAGUGACGAUAAUUUCAAAGACGCAUCAAAGUGCCUGCCAGAAAGAUGGCUGAAACCUAUGGCACCCCAUUCGCCGCUGUUGGUGGCCCCUUUCGGAGCGGGUAGAAGAAUAUGCCCGGGAAAACGUUUCGUAGAACUCGCACUGCAGCUUAUUCUGGCAAAGAUCGUUCGGGAAUUUGAGAUCGUCGUCGAGGAAGAACUCGGUUUGCAGUUCGAAUUUAUCCUAGCUCCGCAAAGUCCCGUGUCGCUCGGAUUUCGAGAUCGCGGGUCGAGGGCCGAGAUGACCUGAACAAUUUUUUAUUUGCGAUUUC